AUGUCUGAGAAGUUCUCUGACUUCUUUCCCCUUUCGACUGUAGGGCCGUACUGGGUGCCUCCCAUGAUCGCUCCUAGCACUCUGGCAAAUGUCUGGCUCGCCUUUACCGCUUCAAACACAAGUGGGCGGGCUUGCUACAUCGCGGCCGCGGUAGGCAUCUUCAGCAUCCUACCAAUAACAUUCUUUUUCAUGGAGCCAGGCAUCAACGGAGCAUCGAAGUGGAAGGUGCAAAGCCUGCUGAAAGACGAAGGCUUCUCUUUACCAGAAACGAGCAUAUUCAUGCCUUCGUCGGUGAAGCACGGCAGCACAAAGAGCUCGAGAAGCUGGGCGGAGAGGACUGACAUGAAGUCGUUGAUUCUCUUCUGGAGGAAAGUCAACAAUGUGCGGUGGGUGAUUGCUGGUCUUGCAGCGAUGUUGAGUGGUUAUGCUACACUCGUGCAGUGA